AACUCUUGUGUUCGGGACGUGUUUCCGGGGACUCGCCCGGACGCGCUAAGCGGUUGUUAUGGUUGUGAUGCUGUGAGCAGCAGGAGUGAUGGGAGUUCACGGACUGUGGAAGCUGUUGGAAAGCACCGGAAAACCCAUCAAUCCCGAAACACUGGAGGGGAAGAUCUUAGCUGUCGACAUCAGUAUCUGGCUGAAUCAGGCGGUGAAAGGCGUGCGGGAUCGCGAUGGGAACGCGGUUCAGAACGCUCAUCUCCUCACGCUCUUCCAUCGCCUCUGUAAGCUGCUGUUCUUCCGCAUCAGACCCGUGUUCGUGUACGAUGGAGACGCGCCGCUGCUCAAGAAACAGACGCUGGCCAUCAGGAGGCAGCGGAGGGAGGAGAUGAGCCGCGAGUCCAAACAGACCAAUGAGAAGCUCCUCCAGACGUUCCUCAAGAGACAGGCCAUCAAAGCAGCUUUAGGAGACAAAAGUCAAGAGGCGAUUCCCAGCCUGUCGUCGGUGAGACGAGAUGAGCAGGACGACAUGUACGUUCUGCCUGCGCUUCCUCCUGACGAGGACAGAGACGAGAGCAGUUCAGAGGAGGAAAGAGACGGAGACGAAUCACUGCAGACCUACGGCAGAUUCCAGGAAGAGGUCUAUGACAACCCGAACUCUGUAGACAUCAACUCUGAGGAGUUUUCCCUGAUGCCACCUGAGAUCAAACACGAAAUCCAUAAAGAAAUGAAGGAGUUCAGCAAGAGGCGACGCACCCUGUUCCACAAACCCCCAGAGAGGUCAGGCGAGUUCUCUCAGUAUCAGCUGGCGGGUCUCCUGCAGAGGAACAAACUCAACCUGCGUCUGGAGGGAGUGGAGCAGGAGAUGAACCAGCGCAGCUCUGGAGGAGCCGAUCAGCCGUACGACCAGAGCAAAGACCACGACAUGGAGAUUCGCCGCCUGGUGUCCGAAGACUCCUCGCACUACAUCCUCAUUAAAGGGUCCCAGAAGAAAGCCAGCGCUCCAGACAGCGGUCCGGCUCCAGCGCUGUGGUCCAGCUGUCCGUGGGAACGUAAAGGGAGGCCGAAAGGGAAGCCUGAGCCCUUGUGGCGGCCCGUGACAGAGGACGAUGAGAACAAGCCUUCCUCCUCCUCGUCCUGUCCUGAGGAAGAGCCGCCGGCGUUAGAAGGAGCGCCGCCCUCUCCUCGCUCCUUACAGGCCAUCCAGAGCGCCAUGAUGGACAGCAGCUCUGAGGAGGAAGGAUCUGAAAAUGGACGUGUCUCACCUCGAACUCUACAGGCCAUCCAGAGCGCCAUGACGGAUCCCGCAGACGCCCACAAACGCAGGACGUACGUCAUCACCAGCAGCUCAGAGGACGAGGAGGAAGCAGUGGUUCCUGACAGAAGCGAUAUGACUGAGGUCACCACAGGUGGAGGUGUUUCUCCCAGGACUCUGAUGGCCAUACAGAAAGCUCUGGGAGAUGAAGCCGUGGAGCAGACGGACCUGAGGAGCGGCUCUGAUGGAGAGGUUCCUGGAAUCAGCGUUUCCUCACAGGAGUCUUCAGAAUCCAAGCAUCAGUCCAGAACGCCUCUUAUUCUCAGUUCUGCUGUAUCUGGAAGCCAGGAGGAGACACGUGAGCCUCGAGACGCUGCGGUGAAUCAUCUUGUAGAGCAGAGACACCCGAGCGCUUCCUCUGAUCGCAAACCUGUGCAUGCAGACCGAACGGAUCAGACGGAAGAAAACAAAGUGAGGAGUGAAGAUGAGGAGGAAAGCAGCUCUGAAGAGAGUUUUAUCGAGGUCUCUGAUGCAGAGGAAACAUCUGAAAGAGAGGAAUCUCGCAUCGAAGCAGAAGAAUCGGCCGAUCAAAGCACCUCAGAAGAGAAAGAGGAGGAGCAACCAGAGGAAGAGGAGAGCAGAGAGGAAGAGUCCAGCGUCCAGAGCCCAGAUAAGAGUGAAGAAGUCAACGAGUCCCUAAAUGAAGCUGCUGCUGCUGCUGCUGCGAGCGAGUGGGAUCACAUCGACGCGGAGGAGCUGCUGCAGCUGGACAGAGACCUGCAGGACGAGCAGACGAGUCUGAGAGAGCAACAGCAGCAGCAGCAGCGCAGCAGCUCCACCGUCACCGGACAGAUGUGCCAGGAGAGCCAGGAGCUGCUGCGUUUGUUCGGUGUGCCGUUCAUCGUGGCGCCGAUGGAGGCCGAAGCCCAGUGUGCGGCGCUGGACCGUCUGGACCAAACGCACGGCACCAUCACCGACGACAGCGACAUCUGGCUCUUCGGCGGCCGACACGUCUACAAGAACUUCUUCAACCAGAACAAAUACGUGGAGCAUUACCAGUCUGUGGACAUGCAGAACCAGCUGGGCCUGGACAGGAGCAAACUCAUCAAUCUGGCGUAUCUGCUGGGCAGCGAUUACACCGAGGGCAUUCCAGGAGUGGGAUACGUCACCGGGAUGGAGAUCCUCAACGAGUUUCCUGGAGGCGGUUUGGAGCCGCUCGUUCAGCUCAGUGAGUGGUGGACCGAAGCGCAGGAGAAUAAGAAACUGGCCGCCAACCCCAAAGACACAAAGGUCAAGAAGAAACUGAGGAAUCUCCAGCUUCAUCCUGGUUUCCCGAACCCGGCCGUGGCUCAGGCUUACCUGCAGCCCACCGUCGACCAGUCGGACGCCUCCUUCAGCUGGGGCCGCCCACACCUGGAGCUCAUCAAAGAGUUCUGUCAGAGCCGCUUCGGAUGGAGCAGCAGGAAGACGGAGGAAACGCUGCAGCCGAUGCUCAAACAGCUCCAGAUGCAACAGACGCAGCUGCGCAUCGAUUCGUUCUUCCGUCUGGAGCAGCAGGAGCGGCAGUCGAUCCGCAGUCAGCGUCUGCGCAGAGCCGUCACCUGCCUCAAGAGAAAGGAAAGAGAGGAGGAAGUCGAGGAGGAGGAAGAAACGUCUCCGUCUAAGAAGGACAGGAGCGGAGCCUCACAGCCGGACGGGGCCCCUGGUGCCGUGGGGCCGCUGGCGGGAGGAUUCGUAGAGUCAGUGCCUCUCCUGAACUCGCCUGCAGACACACAAGAUGAGACGAGGGGCGGAGCCACACCAAUGAUGUCAUCGAGGGCGGAGUCAAGCAGCUCCAGCUCAGAGGAUGAUAAUGAGUGUGGGCGGGGCGUCGCUAUGGUUACAGCACGUUCUGUGUUUGAGGGGAAAACGAGAGGAAGAGGGAAACGGGGAGGAAGAGGAAGGAGCAGAAACCGAUGAUGACAACAAACACAAAUAAACACACUGAUGCUGAAUGUCGCUGAUUUUAAACAAUGAUGCUGUAUAAUUAAUGUACUACGUGAUUAUUUGAGAAAUGCAAACAUGAAAUCAUGAAAAACAAAGAAUGAUGUCAAUAUUUCUUCAUAUUAGAACAGAUCUGCCAACCUUUGCUAGUUUAUUACUGCUUUUCUAUUUCUAUUUUUUUUUACAAUAGAUGAAUUUGCAAAAAAAAAAAAAAAGUUUGUUUCUUCACAUUAAGCACAAUAAAA